UGAAACGGGCAUCCAGGCCGCAGCGAGCAACAAACAAGUAUCAACCCAUAAUGCCAUUAUCCUCCUCCAGUCUAUUCUUUCCGGGUCCUCUACAAUGGCAUCCAACUCACAGGAUCUUUAGAUCGCGUGCAGUGUUCCUGCCCUAUCCGGAUUCUAACUUGAUGAUCGCUCGACUUCUUCCAGGAUGGUGGGUGACAAGUGUGAAGCAUGUUGCAUGCAUAUGCCGCACAUAUGCGCUACGGCAAUACCAUCACCUACCCUAAGGCCUGGGAUCUAGCCGGAGCUAGCCUCUCCAUGUGAGCAUACCGAUAAUUCUGAUAUCAUUGCCGCCUGGUGGGUUAAUGAUAGGUACUUUAUUAAGCUAUGCAGAGGUGCAGGCAAACGGAGAGACUCGUGGAUGGACUGGAGCAACUUGGCUAUGUAUAUAUAUUUUCUUUUCUUCUCUGCAGGGUGAUGGUACUUUACUGACUUUCCUGACUGUACACUUACUAUACAUGAUUUCUAAGUACGGAUGUUGGUAUGCAUAUCCUUACGUACAUAAGAAUACCAGCUAAGCGACGCAGGGCCAGCGGUUCGAAAGUACGGAGGGCACAAAGUGGAUACCUUCCGAUGCGCAGAUUUGCUGCCUGUGUACUCCGUAGCUGAGAUCUGGACCCGUAAGCUAUGGAAGUUACAAUAUCAAGACGAGAUUCGAACAUUUCUCGAAGCAGGGAGGGAAAAGAUAGAUAAUAUCAAUUAGUACAGGAUGAGACACAAACUACUAUGAUAGCCGUUGAGAAUGAGCUGAUAGACGGCUACAGCGGCAC